GCCCCAUCCCGAUUCUUAAGCCCCAUCAUCAGUUCCGUUCAUCAUCUAUUCUAUAGGAUUUUUGAUUCUCUCUCUCUCUCUCGCUCGAAAACUUUUCCUUCGCAUUAUUUCACCUAUGCCUGACCAUUCUCUCCUCCUCCUUCUCCGUCUCCUUUCUCUCUCUCUCUCUCUCUCUCUCUGUCUCUUUCUUUUCCCCUCUUUCCUUUGUUUUAGUUUCUUUGUCCUUUUGUAGAAACUAUCAUUAACUUGGCUUGCCCGUGAUUAUCCUCAACAGUUGGUUGAUUAUCAGCCUUGGAAGACAAGUAUAUUUUUGUACAAAUUAAGCUACAAACAGCUCUUUCUCUUAAUUUGUUUAGCCUGGAAUCCAUCUUUCCUCCUUGCUUUUCCAUUUCUUCUUCACAUUUGCUCUCUCUUUCAAUGCUGAUAACCAAAACCCCCGGUAAGGGUUUGCCCACUCCACCUUUCCGCAAUCUUCUUUUUCAAAAUCGAGCAAAUUCAAAAAUUUGUUCCACCAAUUAAUGCAACACAGGGACUCGUUACACCGCCCUCCUUCAUACACAAUCUCUGCAUCUAAUUAUGCCAGAGAUCACCAAUGAAGUUGUAACCCCCAUGGCCGGUGCCAGCCGCGACGUCCCCGCCGAGGUGCUCAGUCCCGAUCUCUUCAAAAAAUACGAGCUCGGUAGACUCCUCGGCUGCGGAGCCUUCGCUAAAGUCUACCAUGCCCGUGACCUCCGCACCGGCCAGAGCGUCGCCGUCAAAUCCAUCAACAAGCAGCGUAUUCUAAGAGGAAACCUUGCUGCGCACGUUAAGCAGGAGAUUGUUAUCAUGCGCAAGCUGCGCCACCCCCACAUCGUGCGCCUCCACGAGGUCCUGGCUACCAAAACAAAGAUCUACUUCGUAAUGGAAUACGCCAAAGGCGGCGAGCUCUUUGCCAAGAUCGCGAAAGGCAGAUUCAGUGAGGAUCUCAGCCGCAAAUAUUUCCAACAAUUAAUCUCCGCUGUUGAGUAUUGCCACUCUCACGGCGUAUUCCACCGUGAUUUGAAACCCGAAAAUCUGUUGUUAGACGAAAACUGGGAAUUGAAAGUAACUGAUUUCGGGCUCAGCGCUGUGACGGAUCAGAUCCGACCCGACGGUUUGCUCCAUACAUUAUGCGGUACUCCUGCUUACGUUGCACCGGAGAUCCUUGCCAAGAAAGGCUAUGAUGGAGCGAAGGUUGAUGUGUGGUCCUGCGGAGUUAUUUUGUAUGUUCUGAAUGCAGGUUAUUUACCAUUUAACGACACAAAUUUAAUGGCCAUGUAUAGAAAAAUCUACAAAGGAGAAUUCCGUUGCCCUAAAUGGACCUCUCCGGAGCUGAAGAGGUUUCUGACCCGGGUACUGGAUCCGAAUCCAGAAACCAGAAUAACGGUACACGAGAUUUUGAAUGACCCGUGGUUCAAGAAGGGGUACAAGGAGAUCAAGCAGCCGGUUGACAGAGAGUUCGAAUUUAAAGAAUCUGGGGAAGAAGCGCGGUAUCUAAACGCUUUUGACUUGAUCUCAUACUCGUCGGGCGCAGAUCUGUCGGGUUUGUUCAGUAACAGUGGGAAUCGCGUGAAUUGGGAGAUGUUUGUGUCAGCAGAGUGGCCGGAGAGGAUAAUUAAGAGGAUAGAGGCGUUGGCGGAGGAAGAGGGAAUGAGGGUGGCAAAGAAGGGACUGAGGGUGAGGUUGCAUGGGCAGAAUUGGAAUUACGUUGUAAUGGUAGAGAUCAACCGGUUAACGGAAGAGCUGGUGGUGGUGGAGGUGAAAAGAAGUGGACUUGGACGAGAUUUGUGGAGAGAGAAAUUGAAGCCACGGCUGGAAGAUUUAGUUCAUGCCCCCACCCCCCCAAAUGCAGCAGAAUAA